UUUCAUGCGUAGGUUGAGCUGGUCGCCUUCAGCGAAGACUCCAUCAACUUCGGGAGUUGCUUUAGGGCCUGUUCAACAUUCCGCAGGACGCUCGUGCCGGGAGCAAACCAAGUUCUGCAAGCUGUGGAUCGGACUACUGGUGUCGUGUUCGAGCGAGUAUGUCAAGGAGGCCAACGCAUUCCCGAAGACGUUCAGCUCUCCGGCUCUGGGUGCUCGAACAAUUUGUCUUUUCAGCUGGUUCCCUCAGCCUGGCUCCCGACGAUUGCGACGUCACACUGCGCAGGGGAUAUGAAUAUACAAUGUCCAUCCAUGAUACUCACACUGCCUACGCCAGUAAUGCCUCAGUCGCCUGUCUUUGUUCCUCAGUCUCCAAUCACGGUAUCCAAAUUCUUCGAAGCGCUGGACCCUCCACCGAAUGAAGCGCCUGAAGCUCAAAUACGCUCUCUGGUCUCUUCGGCACCGCACCUGGCAUCUUGUGGCGAGUGCGGCCUUUUUGAGUUCGAGAAAGGCCUCCAGUGCCGCGACUGUGAUCAGCAAUGGCUCGCCUGCAAGGUCUGGUAUCGCGCACAAGACGGUGGGCGGCGGCGCUGGCUCACGGCGCCGUACAUCCGGCCGGGCGAGAGCAAUGCGCGCAACAGAGCCCUGAUGCAUGAAGUUGGUGUGCCAGGGUGCUAUGCCGAUAUGCCAGGGGCGGACGACGCCACGAGCACUGACGUCGUGUCUGUGCGCAGAUUGCCCAGGCUUCAGCGUGCCAGGCGCUUCGUCCGCGCCAAGGCUAUACGCGCCAGGGGCAUACUCCGCGCAACAGUAUCCUCUGUCUCCGCGAAAGGCAACAGCAGGGUUUCUCUCGGAAGAAAGGCCUUCCCACCGCUUCGACGAUCUCUCAAGACGACUGUGACUGCGCUCGGGCUGGCGCGCCUCUGGACGACGCUCGCUAUCGCUCGGCGGUCUCACGCGCACGACAAGUCCGAUAUACACGGCACCUGUAGCGACACCGUGGGCUGCUGCGCAGCGCAUCCGAACUCCCCUCUAGCGGUCCUGCGUGGCGCGACGGAACGGUCCCCGCGUUCUGGUAGCGGCUGGUUGAAUGGCGCUUAUCUGGCCCAAGCCGGAGGAUCGCUCGGACUGGGCUGGCUUGUACCUCUGCUCUGAUUGGCUGCGGACCUCUAAUGUCUAGCGACCCCAUGCUGUCAUCGGUCACGUUAUAGAGCUCAUCUCCUGAAAUACCUCUCUGGCGACCAGUUACGGCAAUGCGGCGCAUCCUCUGACUCGGACCCACCUCGUCGUCACACCUUCGAAGACUUAUGCCGUUGUAACACCUCAUAUUAUUCUUAGCAAGAAUAGAUUUGUUCUCCCUUUGGAUUUGGCGCCACAUGUGCAUAGAGAGAGCAUGGAUGUACGGGACGCCUCGUUUAGCGAUGUUAUUCACGGACACACGAUGCUG